CUAUAAUAUAAUAAUUCCCUUAAUAAUUAAAAUUUCUCACUAGCAUAUUUGGAAAUAUUCAAACAAUUUCUAUUCGAAACUAUUUAGCUGUAUUUCAAGAUAACAGAGAAUGUAUAUGACAUUUACUAGUGACUUGUCAAAUUCUAACAGAUUUCGCUUUCAAGUCCCAAGCCUAUGUUUUUGUCAACGUAGUUGGUUACAUAGUAGGUUAUGUUUCAAAUUACGAAAUGGUUAAUUCAAACGAAUCAUCAAAUAAACCAAUACUUUAUGAGUUGUUAGAAUAUUUUAUUCGAGAGCAAGAACCAGAAUUAAUAAAAUGCAAAAAUGAUUCUAUAAUAUUGCCUACAACAGGGACAAUAAAAAAUGCACUUAGAUAUCUUAAUAACCGGUAUUCUUUACCAGAAAGUAUAUCACAACAAAUAAGUCUUACUCUACCAUGGAAAUUUGCAAUUGGAGAUCAUGGACGUUUACUUGCUAUUUUACAAGAAAAUAUCAUAGAAAUUCGAAAAGCAAAAGAUGAAUAUUCUUCAGUUGUUGGAAAAGCUUCUGUACCAAAGGAUGCUUUUCCACAAUGGCGAAAAUUAGCUUGGAGUCCAGAUGGAACAUUUUUAAUAUUGGCAUCCAGUAAUGGUUAUACUUCUUUUUACAAUGCCUUGGGAAACAAUAUUUUUAAUAUCAGUCCAAAAACCAUAUCCCAGAAUCCACAUAUUUUAGAAGCUGGUGAUGCAAUAGCUUCUAUGAUAUUUCUCAAACCAAGAAUGAAAUCUGACAAAUGGUCUUAUGAAUUUAUGUUAAUCACAUAUAGUGGUUUACUUAAAUCAUACCACAUUUCUACAACUAAUGAAUAUGAAGCAAAUUAUGAAUUUUCUUUUGGUACUUUUUAUAAAAAUGGAAUAAAUGCUGUUGUUUAUGAUGAAAAACAUCACUUAUUUUAUGUUGCUGGAAAUACCAUAACUCAGAAAUUAAUGUCAACAGCUUCAGAUAGUGGAUUAACAUCAUGGCGACCUCUAAAUGAAUAUCCGUAUUGCAAGUUAUCGUUUACUUUUGAUGAUGAAUUAAAAACCAAGUCAAUAUUUUCUAUAUGGAACAUUAUUCCCACACUAAACUUGCAACCUGAAUCUAUCAUAUUCAAAAUAAGAAUCUCCCCAAAUAAUAGAUUUUUAACAUGUUUACAUACAGAUGGUUCAAUAUCUUUAUGGAGAUUACCUACUUUAUUGAUACAGAGAAAAUGGAAAUUAUCGGAGCAACCAGAUUUUAAUAUACCUAAUCCUUUAGCACAUGCAAAAACAAAAAAAUUUCCACCAAAUGUUACUGAAUUUCAUCCAAUAGAUAUUGGUUGGUGGUCUGAAGAGGCAAUUAUAAUUGCAAGAUGUUCUGGAUCUACUUCUGUGUGUUCUACAACCGAUUUAAAGAAUCUUUUAGGCCCAAGUCCUGAAUUUUUAGCUGGCCAACCACAGAUAUAUGAACUUGGUUCAGACCGAGGUUUUUUAUGUUUAGAUUGUGAAACGUAUAUAACAAGUAAAAAACGAAAUAGAGACUCCAAUACAGAAAAUCAAACAUCAGAAGUCUCUUUGGAAAGUGAAGAAGAAAGUGAUGAAUUAGAACCAACUAGUAUAUUAAAUUACACAACGAAUUUAAUGCAAAGUACCUUGUACUCUAUCACUGACAUUGAAAGAUUUCAACCUAAAAAAAAGAAGUUAAAAGUAUUGUUUAGAACAUAUAGAAUCGUUGGACUUAAAAGUACCACGCCUGAAGAACUUUAUUCAAGAAAAAUUGAUAUAGAGGAGUAUGAAGAAGCAUUGUCUUUAGCAAACAUGUAUAAUUUAGAUACUGAUUUGGUAUAUCAAACUCAAUGGAGAAAAUCUGAAUUAUCAUUGAACGCCAUACAAGAACAUUUGAGUAAAGUUACAAAAAGAUCUUGGGUCCUACAUGAAUGCAUUAGUCGAGUCCCAGAUACCAUCGAAGCAGCGAGAGAAUUAUUAAAUUUUGGAUUGAAAGGUGCUAAUUUGGAAACUUUAAUAGCAAUUGGAACUUGUGAUAAUGGAAAAUUUGUAAUAGACAAUACUGAUGAAGAGUGGGACGAAAUGGAUGAAGCAAGCAUAAGCUUAAGACAAGUGCAAAAAAUAAAUCAAAUGCUUGAAACGAUUGACAUUAAAAAUUUAUCUGACGCUCAAAAGGAUUUAAUUAAAUACAGAAGAAAACUUCUAGACCAUUUAGACAAGUUGCUCACGUACGAAAUUAUUUUAGAUUCAUCGUUAAAGUACGAUAAAAACUUUUACGAAGAAUUUCGACAGCUUUCAGCUGUUGAAAAUGCAAUUAAAUUUGCAAAAGAUGGAGAUUGUCGGGGAGUUGAAAUUAUGUUCACUUAUCACAGUGAACGUUUGCUACCUCAUUGGUUAGCAAUUAUUAGCUUCUUUCCAGAAACUUUAAAUCCAUUGAAAUAUAAAAAACUUCUGCCAGAAUGUGACACUGAUGGACAAUUAUUUCUGCUUGAUCAAUGUGAGUUACGACAAAAAGAUUGGGCUGAGAAAACUGAAUUCAAUGAAAUAAUUAAUUUAGAAAUUGAUAACAAGUCACAAUUACUUUACGAAUAUGAUCCAUCUCUAACUAUGUACAGAAAUACAUUACUUACAUCGGAAUUGUUACAAAAAUGGUACGAGUCGCGAGCUUACCAAAUCGAAAGAAAUAGUUGUAUGAUCGAUAAUGCUUUGCAGUUAAUAAAAAUUGCCAAAUUACAUAAUAUUAAUGGAUUAGACAAUUUAUUAUUAGAUUUGGAAACUUUAGAUGAUCUCAUUUACAAAGUUUAUAUAGAAGAUCUGUCUUUAGAUCAAUUACAAAAGUUAUCUAAUUUGGAAAAAAUUAAAUUGUUAAUGAGUAUGACUAAUGAAAAAAAUUUCAUUGAGGAUAUAAAAAAUUUUCUUUUGCCGUUUAUAAAAAGGAGACAUCAGUAUCUGGGUGGAGAAUUACAGAAACAUUUAUUUAGUGAUUACUUAAUAUGUAUUAGUAAAGAAGACCUGAAGUUAUCAGUUAAACUUUUUCAAUAUUUAAAACACUCUCACGAUAAUGAGAUUUUACAAAUGAUAGAGAAUAUUGCGACUUUAGCGUUGGACUGUAUAUACGCUUGCGAUGAUCCUAAUAUGUAUGAAAAAGCAACAUGCAUUGUAGAGUCCAUCACUAAAGAUCGUAAUAUAAGAUCAGGUGCCGUAAACACUUUGUUAGAGGAGCUUGAUAAAGAACUUGAAUGUACAAAAAUCUUAAAUAAAUAUGGUGUUAAAACUACAUUGAAUGCAUUGCGAAAAAAUAAGAGUAAUCCUGAUGCUGCAAAGCAACUACUGAUUCAAAUGGCAAGAAGUUUAAACAAACGAAUAUCACCUCCAGAUGAGAAACAGUGGGCAGAAUUAUUGAAUGAAAUGUUAGAAAUUCAUGGUCUAAUUUUUACAUCUGUUGACAUAGAAAUUUGUUUUGAAAUUUGCGUAUCAGCGCGCUUAGUAUCGGGAGUUAAAUCUAAUAUACAAAAUUGUGCUGCUCUAAUUGAGACUAAGGAAAAUGAACAAUCUUUAUUGAAAGUGUCUUACGAAAAAACAGUGAACUUAAUUUUAGAUGCUAGUAAGGAGUAUUUCAAUAGUUCCAAAUCUUUAACUGACUCUAAUAUGGAAUUAGCUAGAGCUUGCCUCCAUCUAAUUGUAGAUCAUAAUGUACAGAUAAAAGAAGAGUAUGAUCUCAUUAACUCGCUCCAAAUUUUGAAUGAAUUCGAUAUUGAUAUAUUACCACUUCAAGUGCGAUUAAUGCAAGACAGAUUACAAUUAAUAAAGGAUUGUUUAAAUAAAAGAGAAGAUGCUUAUAAGAGCCGUCAAAGAUUAUUAACCUUAGCAUAUUAUUUACGAAUAGAAAGGAAUAGCAGCAAAAUGUUAGAAGGAAAGAUUUUGGAAUUAAUUGCAAAAAAAGCACUUGAGGUAAAAGAUUUUACUGUCUGUGCUGAAACUUGUCAGCAAUUGAUGAAAAAUAACUACAUUCCUGCCUGGACCGUUGCUUUAGAAUUAGGGUUUUGUGAGGAUUAUGAAGAUUUAAAAACUAGACAAAAAUGUUUAUGGUUUGCAAUAAACAAUGGACCUAGCGAUAUAUUGAGCAAAGCAUUAGAUCAGAUACAUUUAAUAGAAAUACAAACAUUACAUAAAAAUUUAGAGUUAUGGAUACCUCAUGACUCAUUCUCUGAUGAUUUUAAUGACGCCGAUAGUGAAGAGGAAUUUAUAGAUGCAUUAACUACUCCGCAGAUAGAAACUAAAGAAUUUGUUCCAAAAGUUUUAGAAGCUUCAACUGAGAUAGUAAAAACUUCUGCAAACAUUAUGAAAGAUUCGACAUUUGGUUUAAUAAAAAACAUAAGUGACACAAAUUUUUGGAAAUCUAGAUUAAAAUUUAAUUUUUUAAAUAAUCGGAAUAACGACACAGGAUAUGAAAAUCCCAUAGAAGUUGAUGAUGUACAAAGUUUCCCAUGUUUUUAUGAAAAUUUACAUAAAAAUUGUAAGCUCAGUGAAUUUGACACAAAAUAUGUAAAUUAUUCUAUGCCAGAUUUACAAAAUACACAGCUCCAAUGCUGUCGGGCUCUUUUAAGGAUAACUAUGUUGAACGAAUCUUCUUGUUAUGGUUUAGAAGUGAGUGAUAUUAAUCACUUGUUUUUAGAAUGUGCAAAGUACACUAUACAGCAGGAUUGGUUACUGGGCAUGGCAUAUUUAUUUAGUGUACAAAAAAAGUAUAUAAAAGAAGUACACAAUGUUUUAAUAGAAUUGCCACAAACAAUGUUGUACAUUCAAACUUCAAUGUAUUAUUAUUGUUUGGAAUUACAUAAGAGCUUAUAUAAAGAUUAUUAUUUUACAAAUUUGUAUCUAUUUGAUCCAUUGAGCUUAAUGUUGAAAACGAUGAAUAUAGCACAUAAAUGCAAACGAUUUGAUAUUUAUAAACCAUUUAAAUAUUGGCAAACAUGUUUAUUUAAAAACUACGGAAUAAAUAAGACAGAAUUUCUUGAAUCAAAUCAAGAAGCAAAAAAUGAUAGUGCGACUGAAGAUAAUAAAGAGUCAGAUGAAUUUAAUAUUGCACAAAUUCAAAGUUCAAGUAUAUCUAUUGAAAAACCAGAAAAGAAAGAAAUAAAAGAAAAUUCGUCACACAUUGAGGAAACUAAUAUUAAAAAGAGUUUAUCUGAACUUGAUGACAAAAAUGAUGUAGAAUGGACAGAUAAUUGGGGCAACUUCUCGGAUGAAGAUAUAAUAGAACAUGUAGGAAACAAAAAACAUAUUUUAAAUCAGGAACUGUAUAUAGAGAAUAAUACUUCUUUACUAAAAGAUAUAGGAGAAUGUACGACCGAAAAGGAUCGCUUUGAAGCUUUUGAAAAAAUAUUUAAUAAAAUACGGAGUGUUGAUCAUUUUCAUGAAGUAAAAGCAUUGUUACUGCAAUGGCCAAAAUUUAAAGAUCCUGAAUAUACAAAAAUUAACAACCAUCCAAUUUUAAGAAUGCUGAAAAUAGCUAAUGCUUAUAUCACUGAAAAAGAUAAAAAUAAAAAUAGCAAACAAAUUUUUGGAGAAUAUAAAGAGUUAAUAAAAGCACUGUCUUCAAUGAAUGUACUCAAAGAAUUCUUAAACGCAGAAGAAAUUCCACUUGAGCACGCAAUUUAUAUUAGAUUGAAUAUAGAUGAUCCAGAAUUUCAUGAAGAAGCAAUCAACAUUCUCAAAGAAAAAUAUAAAGAAUUGACAGUAUCGGCACCCAUACUAGAAAUGUUAUUUUCGAAAAAUUUGACGGCAUCCUUCGACUCGAAUCACGAAAUAUUUAGUCGAAUUAUUGAACAUGUGCUGGUAAAUCGAUCUUUAACAGAUGUAAAGGAAAAUGCAGAAAUUCUUAUACAAGAAUUAAAGAAAAGGAAAGAUAUUGCACAUGCUUUAUGCAUAAUUAGAGUAAUGGAAGAUAUACCGCCAUCUUUAUCUACGUUUAGUACUUGUUACGAACUUCUUAUGAGAAAAUGAAUAUUUAUUCUUUCUUAUAAAAUUUAAUAUAUGUAAAAUAAAAAUAUAAAACGCGACAAAAUGCAAUUAAAAAUUUCAUUAAAAAUUUCAAAAUACUAUUUUA